GUUGCAUUAGCCUCACGUCGCGUUGUCGCAAGGCACGAAUCUAAUUUCUAGAAUCAACCAUGCAUGCUGCCUGCAUGCGCGGACCACAAUGCGAUCAACAUGCACGGUAGGAUAAAAAGGUUGAUUGAACCCGAGGAACAAAUCCGGCGUUCCAACCCCAAACUCUGACUCUCAGCACGAGCACGAGCCAGCUAAUGAUCCUGACAGCGUAAUGGGUACGUUGGCUUAUAGUGAUUGUUCCGUUCCUCAUGACAUUGGAAAUGUUCGGUUAUGAAUCGGAGGUCCCACAACUGUAUACAAUUGUGCUAUUAACGCACAGACCUUGCAUUAAACUUGUAUAUAUAGCUCAGUUCGGCGCAUGUUUUACCCUUUUCUUCAGACCACACUCACGCAGGAUACAUUCACAGUUGAUUGCAAAAAGUUGGUCGAGGACUGUAAUCAUCCUCAUCUACAAACACCAAUCGAUGAAAUCAGCUUCACUGUCUUUAUCCGAGAACAUGCUCGUUACCUUCUCAUGGUGGAGUGGGUGAGCUCGAUGACAGAUCCGUUCUGGACUUUUCCUUCGGGUUAAGCCCAUUACCGGGGACAGUUGAGGUGCUUCUGAUGGUGUUUUUUGUUUUGUUAUUUCUUUCCGUACUUUAAUUUUUUCCUCUUGUAUUCAUGUCUAUGGUAGAGUGUACUAUAUACCUCAGCGGUUUAUGGAUGUUAUAGGUUUUGUGCUUGCUGUGACCUUGUUGGCAGUUGAAUUCGUCCUGCUUCUCGCGGACUCUAAGUAUGUUUGGCACUUGGACGUCUUCCACAAGAUGACCAAGCCAAGGUGCAUGGGCAGUUCCGUCCUCUGCCGAAGGGGGAAAAAAAGGUUUUUUUUAGUCAAUUUCUGCCGUUAAACUUGAUCUUAAGAGUGCAGCCGCUGAUCGGCUUCUGACUCGGACUUGGCUUCAAGUUUAGGAGACCUAUGGUAUCGCCCUG